AUGUAUCAGAGGAGGCCUGCCUCCUCUGCGAGGUGCGCCGCAUCCAAGCACUUCCACGAGGGGCAGCCGAGCCUGCGUGCCCUGGUGGUCGACAACGAGGAGUGCGUGAGCCACAGCCGGCACUUCCACGGCAAGUACCUUCCGGUGGACGAGCUGUGCAUCUUCGUGGUACCACGUCGAGAUGUGAGCGCCCACAGCUUCGUGGACAGCAUCUCGGAGCGACACAGCGCUGAGAUCAUGCAUCUGUUCCUCUGCAGCUUCCUCACCUGCACAGGCGCGAUCCCCGACUCCCAGUUUCCGAGCUACGGGGCCCGCCUUAUCAGGCUGAAGGUGCUGUGGAUCCUGCAGCCCCCCCGUGGCUGGUCCGAGCUCGUGCAAGGCUGCACCUACGACCUUCGCGACUGCGUCGUGCAGCUCGUGCGCAGCGCCGCGGGGACGCUCGACGACCUGGCGAUCAUCGCGCAGGUGGGCCUCUUCUUCUGCGACGUGGAGGAGAUGCUCAGCGCCGUAGACGCGCGGCGGCAGGAGCGAACGCUGCACCUCGCCAUCCCCUGCGCUUAUAGGGCUGCGGCCCGGCACUGGCUGGCCAGGCAGGGGGCCGGGGGGACGCAGCAGGCGGGGCCCGCCAAGUGCCCGUCUGCCUUUCUGCGCUCGGGUGCCGCCCUCGUCGCGGCCGCCGCCGCGCUCGGGCGUCUUGCGGAGACGCUGCUCGCCGCCCUGGGCCCGUGCGUCCUCGUGGGCGCGAUCUUCGCCGUCACGUUGGGGGUACGCACACGUGUGCACGUGCAUGCCCUGCCUCACGCCGUGUCGCACAUCCGCGCGGUGGUGUUGCUCGGGCUCGGGCUUGCCAGGCCGGCGACCGUGCCGGGGGCGUGA